AUGUCAUCAAUAUCAGAAAACACCCCCUCCUUCGGCAUCGAAUUCGAAUUCCUCAUCGCUGUCGUCUCCGACCCACGCAUCCCCAACCCCAACCCCUCUGACCCCCGCACCGUCUACUUUCCGCCUACCCCAAAUGACGGCGCACCACCCCACUUCGUCAUUCCCGCCGGCAAAGAACUAGUUGCCAACGAAUGGUCCAUCUACGCCCACAUCAAACGAACCCUCUCUUCCAUCGGGCUCCCCACCGAGCACGGUCCCGCCCACUCUAACUUUGCCGUCUGGGAAAUCACCACCGACGGCUCCAUCCAAAGUCCCAAAGCGCCGCCUAAGAGCUCCAAAAAAGCUUAUGCGGACUGGAAUACUUAUACUUAUAUCCCGAUCGAGGUACGUACACCCGCCUACUACUACUGCGAAGAUGCAUUACGCGAUGUGCAAGAUUUCUGUAAAACCAUGCGUCGUAAUUAUCUAACCAUGGUUAAUGAUAGUUGUGGACUGCACGUACAUAUCGGGUAUGGACUCGAUGGGUUUACACUCCCGCACGUGCGACGUCUAGGCGCCAUGUUACAGGCGUUUGAACCGCAACUCGAGAGUCUGCAUCCGGAACACCGCAUCGAUGAUCGGAAUACCAAUUGUGCGAGUUGGAGACGCAGCACGUGGUUUGAGUGCAAAUAUCGGGAGGAGUAUGGGAGAGAGGCGAGAGUGUUGGAGGCUAUGAAGAUGUUGUUGGAGUGUGGGACUAAGAGGCAGUUUAGGGAUAUGGUGGGGAGUGACGGGGCUGGAGGCGUGUAUGCGUAUGUUGGGGGAACGGGGAGUUGGAAUUUCGAGAGGAUGGGGGUGGAGGGGGGCAGGGUUAAGGAUACGUUGGAGUGUAGACAGCAUAGGGCUAGUUUGGAUGGGAAUGAGGUGGCGAAUUGGGUGAGGCUUUUGGUGGGGUUGGUGAGGUAUACGAGGGAUCCGAAUGUGUAUGAGUUUUCGCAGUUGUUGAUGAGGGUUACGGGGGAGAAGUGGGUUAGUGGGAUACCGGAUGCGAUGACGGUGGGGAGGGGGAGGUAUUUACCGAGGGGGGUGUUGUAUCAACCGUGUUUUGGGGAGAAGUGGUGUGGGGUGGUGGAAUUGUUGAGGCUGUUGGGGUUGAAGGGGGAGGCGAAUUAUUAUGAGAAUAGGAAGGGUAGGUGGUUGGAGAAUGGUGUGUAUAGACAUUGGUAUACUUCUGCUCCGAUGGAAUAUUUGGUUCAGGGGGGUGAGAAUGAUGGGGAUGGGGAUGAUGAGGGUAAUGAUGGGGAUUAUGAUGAGAAAUCAUCGGGUCCAUCGACUGAAUCUUCAUCGGAUCAUUUUGAUCCGUUUAAUCCUAUUCCUAUUCCAAGUCCUGAGCCUAGUACUAAUUCUAAUCCUAGCCCUGAACGUAGAACACCGCCUCUGAGAACUCCAGGCAAAACUCCAGGUAAGAAUAGAAAUGCCAUUGUUAAUGCGCCACUGCUACCUCUAGAUGUCGGUAUUUAUCCGGGGUUUUCGGAAUCUUCUGAUGAGGAGGAGGAGGAGGAGGAGGAGAAACCCAAGAAGGAAGAAAAGAAAGAUCUAUCUACUUCUUCUUCUUCUUCUUCUUCUUCCGAGGAGAUAGAGAAACCCGAGGGAAAAGAACAAAAGAAAGUUUCAUCUUCCUCUGAAGAAUUUCCUAUUCGAAAGGGUGCUAUUCAAUUGGUUGAGUUGAAAAAGCCAAAGACUGAUGAAGAGCUUGGUUCGAAGGUUGAGGGGGAUAAAGAAAAGGGAAAGAGUGAGGAGGAAGAGAAGAAGAGAAAUGUAGGAUUCGGUGGGAAACCAAGGGGAUCAGAUUCGGAAUCUACCCUUCUUUCGGGGGAGGAUGAUAGUGAGUCUGAAGUGGAAGGUGAGGGGCAAGGUGAGAGGCAAGAUGGAGAAGGUAAAACUCAAGAUGAAGCUGAAAAAGAAAAAGGUAAGGAUAUGGAUGAGGAAGAAAAGAAAGAAAAGAAACCUAAACCUAGGACUGGAUUUUGUGUUCCUGAUUCUUCUUCUUCUCAUUACUCUAAUAUGGAUGAGGAAGAAAAGGAAGAAAAGAAACCUAAACCUAGGACUGGAUUUUGUGUUCCUGAUUCUUCUUCUUCUGGUUAUCCUGAUUCUGAUUACUCUGAUUUAAGUGGCGAGAUUUCGGGUGAUGGGGAGGGAGAGGAGGGAGAGGAAGGAGAGGAAGGAGAAGAGGAAGAGGAAGAAGAGGAAAUAUAUGAAGACUAUACUGUCUCCCAUCCCCCUCUCCCCCACCUCCCCUUUCCCGACAACUACUUCCAGCGCUUCGCAACCGAACACUCGCACCGUCUAAACGGUAUUCCCGCCUCCACCAUCGAAGCUCUCGCCCCCAACACCAAAAACUUCAUCGGGGCCCAACUACACCGGAAACAGCGGGUCCUCUCCAGCGAAUGGCUUGACGCAGCCCCCAACAUCGCCAGCCUCGACCCUACUCGAAUAGCCUACGCGGGACCCACCCCCGACCUCGGUCCCCUCUACCAUCCCGUGCGCCAAGAAAACGCCAUCCUCUUCCAAGCGCGCGCCCAACUCGCCGAUGCUCUGUACGAAGAAGAAGUCAAUGACGGUGCUAACGAUGGGAUAUGGCGCGGACGCGGAACCAUGGGACAGCGCUGGGAAAUGCACCAUGAGUUACCGGCCACCCGCGAAGAAGGACUUCAACGCAUGAUGCAGGGAUUACAAAUGGACGAGGUAUCACCAUCCUUGCGGUGCUUCCUCCGCUCCUGGAAUUGGAGAUUGAACCGCGAAGAUCCGGAUACGGUUGCGGCGAUGUUUCCGCAGGCGGCGGAGACGAUGGAGCAGUUUGAGAAGCAGGAUGAUGAGUGGUGGCGUUUUGAGGUUGGGGCCGCGGAGAUUGAAGAAUUGAAUAAGAGGUUGGCGGAUGAGGAUGUGGAGGUACAGAGGGAGGCGUGGCAGAUGUUGGUUAGGAUUGGGGGGGCUGAUGGUAGGGGUGAGGAGUAUUGGCCUGAGGGGAUGAGGAAUCCUUUUGGUGGGGAGCAGAGAAUGCAGCAGCCGGUGGUGGAGGAUGUUAGUCCCGGAUGUGAUAUUUCGCCGGGUCAUAGGUGGCCGGUGGGGUAUGGGUUUACGGAGGGUUUUGUUCCUGAGGGACAAAAUCAGGCACAGAAGAGUGAAGAGAGAAAAAUUCCUUCGAGGGGUCUUCAGCAGAGAUCUAAUGAGAGGAGUGGUGGUCGUCAAAGUUUCUCGAGGAGAAAUAGGAAUGGUAAUCAGGUGAGUCCGCAGGGGAUGGAUGCAGAUGAAUUGGAGCGGAUUAGACAGGAGAUUGCGAUGGAGGGGAAUAGGGCUGGGGUUGUUGAUGUUAAUAGUUGGGAAAAGGGUGAUGAUGAGGGGUUAGAGGGUAAGGGUAAGGGUAAGGGUAAGGGUGAGGGUGAGGGUGAGGGUGAUGGAGAGGACGAUAAUAUAUCUUCUUCUUCAAGUGAGUUUCAAAUCGAACCUAUUGAUUAG